CUCUCCUUAUUAAACCGCCGCGACCUCGUCCGCUCCCCCCCCCCAUUGCGCGAGCUCCUCACGGCUCGUCCUUUUCCCCCCUUUCCCCUUGGUGAAUUGAGUUUCAUUCCUUCUUUAAUUCCCGGGUUUUGUUCGUCCAGCCGCCAAGAUGAGUUCCCUCCGAUUCCUUGACCUUGUCAAGCCGUUCGUGCCGUUCCUCCCCGAGGUUCAGCAGCCGGAGACAAAGAUUCCCUUCAACCAGAAGAUGAUGUGGACCGCCCUCACGCUCCUCAUCUUCCUCGUCAUGAGCCAGAUGCCCCUCUACGGCAUCGUCUCCUCCGACAACUCGGAUCCGCUGUACUGGCUGCGUAUGGUGAUAGCCAGUAACCGCGGUACGCUCAUGGAGCUGGGUAUCACCCCCAUCAUCUCCUCGGGCAUGGUCUUCCAGCUCCUGGCCGGCACCCACAUGAUCGACGUCAACCUCGACCUCAAGUCGGACCGCGAGCUCUACCAGACCGCCCAGAAGCUCUUCGCCUUCAUCCUGUCCGCCGGCACCGCCACUGUCUACGUCUUCACCGGCCUCUACGGCCCGCCCUCCGACCUCGGCGCCGGCAUCGUCUUCCUCCUGAUCCUCCAGCUCGUGGUCGCCGGCAUGAUCGUCAUCCUGCUCGACGAGCUUCUGCAGAAGGGCUACGGCCUCGGCAGCGGAAUCUCGCUGUUCAUCGCCACCAACAUCUGCGAGUCCAUCAUGUGGAAGGCCUUUUCCCCGACCACCAUCAACACCGGCCGUGGCCCCGAGUUCGAGGGUGCCGUCAUCGCCCUCUUCCAUCUGCUCAUGACGUGGCCCAACAAGCAGCGUGCCCUUCAGGAGGCUUUCUACAGGCAGAACCUGCCCAACAUCAUGAACCUGCUGGCCACCAUCCUGGUCUUCGUCGCCGUCAUCUACCUCCAGGGCUUCCGCGUCGAGAUCCCCGUCAAGUCGUCCCGCCAGCGCGGCGCCCGCGGCUCGUACCCUGUCCGCCUGUUCUACACCUCCAACAUGCCCAUCAUGCUGCAGUCUGCGCUGUCCUCCAACGUCUUCCUCAUCAGCCAGAUGCUGUACUCGCGCUUCUCCGAGAACCUCCUCGUCCGCCUCUUCGGUGUUUGGGAGGCCAAGGAUGGCUCCUCGCAGCUGCACGCCGCCUCCGGCCUCGUCUACUACAUGUCGCCCCCGCUCAACUUCAAGGACGCCCUUCUCGAUCCCAUCCACACUGCCGCCUACAUCGUCUACAUGCUCGGCGCCUGCGCUCUCUUCUCCAAGACGUGGAUUGAGGUCUCCGGCUCCAGCCCUCGCGACGUCGCCAAGCAGCUCAAGGACCAGGGCCUCGUCAUGGCUGGCCACCGUGACCAGAGCAUGUACAAGGAGCUCAAGCGCAUCAUCCCCACGGCCGCCGCCUUUGGUGGUGCCUGCAUUGGCGCGCUCUCCGUCGCCAGCGACCUGAUGGGCGCUCUUGGCUCCGGCACCGGUACCCUCCUUGCCGUCACAAUCAUCUACGGCUAUUUCGAAAUCGCCGCCAAGGAGGGAGAUCUGUCCGGCAUGAAGGGCAUGAUCAUGGGGUAAUCGCGCCGAGUCCGACAGACGGCAGCCCCAUUUCUACACGACCCGACUCUGCCGCGAGCCCCCUCGACGCGCGGAGACACGGGAGACGUUUUUUGUUGUACCAACAAUGGCAUAUGUGGGGAGGGAAGCACGAAGGAACAUAUAAAGGAGGCACAGCCAUGGUCCUCGAAAAAAAUCCACAGCGAACGGGGGAGUCUAGGGUGGGCGUCAAUUGCAAAGUCAGCUGGGACAAGGUCAAGACGGGGCACAGGCCGGCGCAAUGACUGCGGGGCGAGCGGCGUCGAUUGUAUGAGACUGUACGUGGAGAGACUGGUGCAUUGCGUUGCCCCGGACGAGCCGGCUAGCACAAAUGAAAUCAUGACUUGAAAGUCUGCAUCCAGGGUGCAUUGAAGACGGCUACAAAAGAGCGUACGACUGCGGUGGUGCGUCUAGUACUUGACGGUCGAAGAGAGCAUAUCAGGUUGCAAACAGGUUGGUUGUGUCGUGUCCAAUUGCUGUCUCGCGAGCAUGCGUCACAGGCGGGUUUAGGGUAGGACAUACACGACGAGUGGACUCGCCCCAAAGCUAUCUCGCGUCUUGUAUCAUUCACGCCCAC